CUAGCAAAUAGCAGAUAUGAUAAAAUUGGUUACUGUGCUUUCUAGUAUAACAAAACAAAUACAUUUCUAUGUACUAUAACCCUUAAUGCACUAACCCUACCUUAUAAUUUUAUAUAUAUAUACUUUCAUCUUUGACUGCAGAGACUUUAGUAAGAAAACGCCCUUGUAUAUUACACAGAGUGCACAAAAGAGUAUUUGUAAAUUGUAGUAUUGCUCCUUACGUUCUUUUUUCACAACUGAAGCUCACACAUUCAUUUAUUUAUCCUGUUUUACUAAGGAAGAUUUAGAAUUUGCACUGAAAAUGUAAUGUCCCCAUGUAAACACUGAGAGUUUCUGAAGCUCAAAUAAAGGUUUAUAUCUGCUAAGAGUUUUGAGGUAUGAGGAGGGUGCACUGCACUCAGCCCUUGUACUUGCCUAUCACCAUCAUAAGUAGCAAAGAUCAAGUAAGUAAUUUAUCAUUUAUGAAGCAUUUUCUAAAAAAAGGAUUACAAAGUGCUUCCGAGUUUAAAAAUAAAAACAAAAAAAGAAUAAAAAGCAUUUGAAUAAAUAUUUAAAUCAAAGACAAGCAAAACGUGAUAAGUUUAAUAAUUUAAUAAUAAAGAUAAGUUAAAAUCAGGGCAAUGGUGCAUCAAUAAAACGCCUCUGAGAAUACAGUCAAUAAGCCUGAGAUGACACUGAAAACACUUUGCUGAUCUCAAUAAUCCAGGAGCAAAUGGCCGUUUCACAAAAGUGAUUCGCGAGCACUGCUCACACACAGAUGGCAAAUAGGGUCAGAGCCACGUUUCACAGAAGACUGCCAUUCACAAAUUGCAGAGAAAUUUGCGAGUCACAUGACCGUACUUGGGGUUGCAAGUGUGGCUUUUGUUGUGAUUAGCGAAAUGUGUCAAAAUGAGAAAUUAAGAAAUGAUCUCGUGUUGCAAAUUUGGCGUAACAGACCCCAGGACAGCAAAAAUAAAUACAUUUUGAUCUAACUGCAAUCAUGCUGUAGCUGCUUGGCUUUAGACUGCAGUCUGUCACAGUACUCAUUAUGAGAGGAGACAAAACAAUAGAUGAUUUGUUCCAGCUGUUAGACAGACAAGAAGGGUUGGCAAUGUUUCCUAGAUGAAAAUAACAGGACUGAAUAACUGGCUUAACAUGUUUCUUAAAGUUCAAUUAGUAACAUGGGUUUUUGUUGUUAAAUAGAAGCUAAUGAGUGGAUUUGGUAUACCCUUUGUGCAUGAUUUACACAGUAAUAGUUUCUUAUUUAUUUAAUUAUUUGUAAUAAUUUUAUUUAAAUACAAAAACCUACAUCACAAAUUACAAUUACAUAAAAUUACACCUAUGUAAAGUUAGACAAGCCACUGAUACAACUAGGAAAACACACCAAAACACACACCCUGUUUCUGAGAAUUAAGCAAUAACAUUUCUUUUCGUUCUCUCUCAAAAAACAAUGCUUUACAUUAUGCCAUUAUGGACAUCUGGUUCAGUUUUUCAGUGCCUGGCUUACAAUUCAUUAACUCACACUACAAUUCAUUAGUCCAUAUCUAUCAUGUUAUCUAUUCAACCAGAUUAAUUCAAUUAUAUUUGUUCCCUUCAUAUAUAACAUAACUGUAUUCCAUAUUCCUUUAUCAUUCUCAUUUGGUAAUUCAUAGUUUAUUAAUGUGAAAUAAUUCGAAGUGAGUUUCGCAUGAAUUAAGAAGAGGUACGGUUAUUAUAAGGGAAAUAUGUAUCCGCUGUAUCAUGUUGAACAAAUUACAAUAUCUGGUCCGAUAAGUGCUUUAGAGCAGCUGUUUGUGCUAAAUGACAGCAAAUGCUGGGAGACGUGGAAGUGAUGGUAGUUAGGCAGCAUUUGGCCAACCCUGCUCCCCGUUUGAAACAGCUGGCCUGGGGACUAAAAGGAAUGUGCAGCAGGAGUCAUGUUGCAGUGACAGACGCGGGGCGGACCUCGAUCACCCAGAUCCAGAAAGUCGUCGCAAAACGUCCGACCUGCAGACUGGGAUCGCUCCAGAAAGACGUACAAAAAGGGAAGGCAUCUGUUCGUGAACUUCUAGCGGACUGAUAGUGAGCAUGGCAGCUGUCUCAGAUGAAGCAGCAGCUGCGGAGGAAGGCACCAGCCUUGCUCAGAGUCCUCUGGUCACAGUCACCUUCCAGAGAGACGUCCACAGGAAACAGAAGUACCUGGAGGCUGAACCUAAAGCUCUUGGGAUCACUCAGAUUGGCCUGAGUGUGUUUCAGAUCACAUGUGAGAGUGUGUUUAUGGCCAAAGACCUGAGGUAUAAGACUGGCAUAUCUUUCUUCAUUUCAUCUCUGCUGGUGAUACUAGCUGGGAGUGUAGCUAUAGCUGCACAGAACCUUCAUCUGCCAACGCUGAGGGCCUGUUUGGGGAUGGAGAUCGUGGCCUGUGGCGCCUCCAUCUUCAACAUAAUCUGUACUCUGUUGAAUAUGGAUCGUUUGCCCUCUUACUGCCACAAUUAUUUCUAUGACAACGCCACACUCCAUUAUGGCGAAACCUGCUAUUUGAUUGAGAGCACCCAGUCCCACUUUUAUGCUGAGUACAUGGUCAUUCAGGUCACUCUGUUGGCCAUCUCCGGCACUCUGGCCACCUACUGCUGCAAGGUGACCAACUGCUGCUCGCCGGCUCCCAAAAUGCCAGUGGUCACUGUACAAGCCCGCCCGGUCCAACAGUGAGGAGACGAAGUGGACGAGCACAUGAGACAGAUGUACGGCUACAUACAAAUGCUACACAACGAUAAAACUGCACUUAUCAAUAUUUUUAUACUAACAAUGGAUCAAAUGACUGUGUAAUGUGAAAGGGGUCUCUUGUAGUGACAAACCCAUAAAGAGUUAUCAUCAACUCUGCAGUUCCCCAUAGCUCUACGGCGCUUUUUAGCCUAUUUUAGCUCAUUGUUUUGGUUCUGCAGCCCACAAACUCCAUUAUCAACCUUGUUAUUGGCCACUGUACAUUACCUGUUCAGCAGCAAACAGCAGACAGACAAGGUUAGCGGCUAGCUGGUGAACGUAGUGGAACAUUUAGCAGCUAAAGAGACAGAUAUUUUUUUCAGGAGUUGGUGGAGACCAAAACAGAGCUAAAAGGAGAGUGAAAGAAAAGUUUUAAAGAAAAGUAUUUUUAGUAAAAUUGUCCUCACACUUUGCAUAUUACCAAUUCUUUUUCAUUAGAUAUGUUUUUAUAUGUACUCCUUCUUUAAUGUUAACUUUAAUCAUAGUCAAUUUUUCAAUUAAAUACUACAGUAGGCAAAAGGGACAAACACCUGAAAUAUGUACAGAAAGACAUUAAAGCGUCUCUACAAUGUAUAACUUUGAAUGGUAUUAGAACUGUGGUCACAAGAGGCCAUUAAAUGGUAAUGGUAAAUGCCAAAAAUGUAGUGGAAUAGUAACGUAAGUAGAGAAAAGUCAUAAAGUCAGUGAACAGGUCAGUAAUGUCAGUUACACAAACAACAACCGCUCAUGUGAUAUCACAACCACUCAAACCAGUAAACUGAUUUCCCUGUGAGUCACAUGCUGCACUGCCCACGUUCAGCACAAGAUACGAAUUCCACCUCAGCAGGCGAUGGUCACUCGCCUGCACUCGCGCAUGUGUGACCGUGCCCUUAUGGAGUUCAAUUUGGUAAUUGUUACACAUUUCACAUAACUGUAACACAUGACCGUAAGCCAACACGCAUAAUACCAGGACCCUGGAACCGUUACGCCUAACUGGAAUGAAGCCUUUAUUAAUAUCAUCAGUUACACCUGUGCUUUUCCUGCCUAUGACGUGUAUUUGCUAUAAUUAUAUAACCUAACAGAACUAACAUCAGCUUCAAUUAACAGACCGGUAUCUGUGUAUUCAGUUUCUCCGCUUGUUUCAGCUGUAUUACUGUGAUAGAAAAUGAUGCUUCACGUAAAGUACAAAAAAAUCUUUUAUUAAAAAGUGUUUUCCCCCACAAAUUGAAUACAGUAAACAUAUAUACUUAAGCAGACAUGGUUAAAAGAGUGUCAUGUGGCACCACAGUUCAUUAAGAAGGAAAUAAAAGUUCAUUUUUGCAGGCUCCACUCAUAUCCAGUCCAGUCAUAUCUGCAGUUCAUCUGCCCAGUGGCUCUGUGGGAGAUCAGAGGGCACAUUAGUAACGCAGAAACUACAUUCACUUCUUAAAAUAAAUUGUUUUGCUGUGGUCAUUAGUACAGAAGCUAAAUGUGGAUGUUGUAGGGGAUCAACUACUUUAAUAUUAAAUAAUUACACUUGUUCAAUGGGGCACCACCCUGGAAACAGGGAAAACAAAUAAACCGAAUAAAUUUGAACUCGAUCAUUAAAUUGAUCAGUCUCUUAAAGGAUUGAAUUCUUUUUUUGAUAGAUCGAACACACAGACAACUUCUUACUGAUUAAAUUAUAGCUAAAUGCCUACUAACUGAAUAAUUUAAGGAUUAUUAAAAGGUGUAACGUUAUAUGAUAAAGAAAAUAAACAAACAACAGAUGCGUUGGAGCUAUUCAUUGUUUUGUAAUAUUUAAUAAUUAAAGGUUCUGUAGAUUCUGAACAUUAAUAUAGCAGCAAACAACUAUUUGCUAUGUAAAGAUGUAGUGGUGUAAUGGCGUCCUGAGCAGAGCAUGACGUCACACUCCCUCUGCCUGCGUUGUUAUCGCAGCUUCUUUGUUCUUUGCACAUGCACAUUUGUCCACAGCAGUCACUGCAGCCCAUGUCGCAAGUUGGCUUCUGUCGAGUCCUGGUGACGUUGAAUAAAAUAUCUCUGGCUACGCUAACUUA